CGUCCUCCCACCUUCCCUGACGCGUCCGUCACUUCCCCCUCAACGACCACAAAAGAGCCCAAACCAAAAAUCCACUAGUUUCUAUUGAACACAAUUGCUGUACCAAUUCCUGGACUAGGUCGGCGGAAGUCAGGAAGAAGGAGGAAAAAAAAUAAAGAGGCACUCCCCUCCACGUGAUUCCAGCACUGCCUCUUUAGUGACGCACGCGGCCGGGCGGCUCCAAGGCUGCUGGCGGGGGGUGGGCAGCGGAGCGGGCUUGGAGUAGCAAAGAACGCGCUCUCCCGAAAGUGUAGGCACUGCUUAGACGGCCAGAAAAACGUGUGCAGGGACGUCGAGGACCCGGGCUCUCGUGCGAGCGCGGAGUUGGACGCACAGUGCCGCGGGAGUCACGCGUGGCUCUCCCGCCUCCCCUCCGCGUGAGCUCUGGGAUGGUCCGCGCCGGGAGCGCGCGGGAGGCUUGAAGCGCCGGUGAAAUGCGCGGGUCAGAGUGACAGCGGCGCAGCCGGCGCUGCUCAGGUCAGCAACGCACCAUGGACGCAGAGCUGGCCGAGGUGCGCGCUUUGCAAGCUGAGAUCGCGGCCCUGCGGCGAGCGUGUGAGGACCCGCCAGCGCCCUGGGAAGAGACGUCCCGAGUCCAGUAUAAGAAAAGUUCUACAGAGACACCGAUUAUCAGGAAAUUGCCACAUGGUUACAUUUCAACUUGAAUUUCAGAUUCUGGAAAUUCAGAAUAAGGAGAGAUUAUCUUCUGCUGUUACUGACCUCAACAUAAUAAUGGAGCCCACAGAAUGUUCAGAAUUAAGUGAAUUUGUGUCUAGAGCAGAAGAGAGAAAAGAUCUGUUCAUGUUUUUCCGAAGCCUGCAUUUUUUUGUGGAGUGGUUUGAAUAUCGUAAGCGCACAUUUAAACAUUUCAAGGAAAAGUACCCAGAUGCCGUGCACCUCUCAGAGGGGCCCUCCUCCCCCUCCAUAGUGAUCCGCAGUGCCAGCCAGCCAGGGUUUGAAUUAGUAAUUGUUUGGAGGAUACAAAUAGAUGAAGAUGGGAAAGUUUUUCCAAAGCUGGAUCUUCUCACCAAAGUCCCACAGCGAGCCCUGGAGCUGGACAAGAACAGAGCCAUAGAAACCGCUCCUCUCAGCUUCCGAACCCUGCUAGGAGUGCUUGGAAUCGAAGCUGCUCUGGAAAGCCUGAUAAAAUCGCUUCGUGCAGAGCAGAACGGCUAGUUCCGAAACAGUGAACGGGGAGGGUUAAGAUGCUGAGCAGAGGUGCGUGUGACUUUACCCAAUAUAAACAUUUACUAUUUUCCACUUGGAAACCACACCCUGAAGACCUGUCUUCUGUGCAGUUAAGGCACAUUCUAUAGAAACUCUCAUGACAUGAAAAAUAAAUAGUUACUUAAGUAUAAAAUGCCAAAUAAAAGUGACAUGUACAAUGUGUUUUAUAAAAAUAAGCUUAACAUCUGAGAAAACAUACCGAGUGGUUGUGUGUCCUCAGACGUGUGGGGAGGACCCAGUCCCCCACCCACCUCGGCCUCACACCGAGUCCACCGUGACGUGGCAGCCACACUGCUCAGCUGGGAGAAGCCAACCUUAUCCUGGUUCCUGCGUCCUGGGGGCUCUGGAGACAGAUGCCUAUGGCACUUCAUUUUUAAACUUUCGUUAGUGGCCCGGGGAGCCACGCCCACACUCCUUGCCACCUCCACUGUGAGGCAGUCCCAGCAAGUCCUGACGUUCUUCUUGGUCUUCCACAAGAAAAUGGAGCUGUCAGCUUCAAAACAAGAAUGUCCUAAGACAGCAAAGACAGCACUGUUCCUGGGCCAGGGUGCAAGGAAUAAGGUCCUUUAUGACAGAACCUGUGCAGAGCCGAAGCGCUACAUCGACAGUCCCAGAUGUGCCGUCAGAACCGUGAUCUCAUCAGUCACCCAUUAGCACCGUUAGGAUCUGUGAACUAGGGUUGUCUCAAACCAAUCAAGGCCAUCAUGGAGCCUCAACUAAGCAGGAGCAGCAGCUUCCGAGAGGGGCCAGAAAUACGUCCACAGCGGUGGCGCCUGCAGCUCAGGGGAUCCUCACAGCCCAGGCUCGUGGCAGCCAAGACAGAAUGGGGGUCUUCAUCUGUUUUCCCUUCUUCAAUACAGGGUAUUUUCAUCGUGUCUAGUCCAGCCCUGUCUGGGCCCUGUGCUAGGCAGUAACUUUUGCGGCCCUGACGGACGCAGAGAGCCCAGCCUGCCUUCCCAUUGGGGUAGGGUUCCCUCACAUGUGCACUUAAACCCAAGACCCAGUGUCCUUCACACACUGUGACAGUGGGCAGAAUCAUCCGGAACAAGGCUUCCCCAGCCCCAGCCCAGCAACAGUGAACUCCCUUGGGUCAAGACAGUAUUCACGGCCACUUCCCUCCAUACUUCCCAGAGCCUGCCGGUCGUUGCCAUGAGCUCUGUCCACUUCGCUUAUGUGCAGUCUCCAAAGCCCCCAUGCCAGCACACAGGACACUUGUGUAUGAGACAAUGUCAUUCGAAGUGAGAAGAAAACAGUAAAGGUGUCCAGUUGUCUAAGUAUCUUUUCGCACCUCUGAGUAUAGAAUAAAAUUAGAAGUAAAUAUUAGGACAGAAUUGAACAAUAAAUUCUAGAAGAGUUGCCUUGAUUCAAACAAGUAUAAUUCUCAGGUUAUCACAAAAUUUCCCACAAAAAUUUACAAUCAGCAAAAUAGUUUCCUUAUUUCUCAUGUAUCAUUUUCAUAUAAUUCCAUGGUUUCACUAAUAUUAUAUGUUACAAUAAGCCUCCAUUAGUCCCUCAAAACGAUGAUAUAAAUAAUCAGUCUGUACAACCUAGCAUACAAUAAAAAACUGAAACCAAGAUUCCCAACGUUUUUCAUAGCAGCUGGGCACACUUUGGUGACCCCAACAAGAACCCUCUCGGCAGCAGCCAGGAGCUGUUCGCCUUCCAGAAGCAUGGCCUGUGGCAGCCGGACAGGGAGAGGCCACGGGGCCCAACAACGCAACACGUCUCAAGCCAAACCCGAGGGAGGAACUCAGUCUGGGAGGAAGAGAAAACUCGCUCCUCAAUCACCCCAAACACCGGAGUGUCAGAAAAGCACUGAGCUGUUGGGGCACACUGCCCAGCCCGGCCACAGCAGCUCAGCCAGCCACAGCUCCACCUCCAGCUUCUACAGCAGCAAUUUCCAGUGGGAAAGAACACAUCUCCCCCUCAUGUGAAAAAUAAAAUCAUAAAG